AUGCUGCCUGGGCCGUGGCGUGCUGCUGUACGAAGCGUGAGAAGCUACGUGACGCAGGUCAUGUCUGUGGAAGAGUCUAUGCGGCACAAGCUCACGGGCGCUUUUGAGCCCGUACACUUGUAUAUUCGAAAUGACUCGUCGAAGCAUGCACAUCAUGCCGCUAUGGUAGCUCAAGGCGGCGGAAGUGGCGAGACACACUUUUUUGUCGAAAUGGUAUCAGCCGCCUUCCAGGGCAAGCCGCCUCUUGCCAGGCAUCGUGCUGUCAACUCGCUGCUAGCCCCCGAAUUCGACCGCGGACUGCACGCACUCAGCCUGCGCUUAAAGACGCCGGAAGAGAUAGCGCGCGAACAGUCGGGAUGCUGUGGCGGAGCUGGUCAUUAA